AUGGAAGGGAACAGGGACGAGGCAGAAAGGUGUAUUCUGAUAGCGACGAGAGCUCUCGAAGCCGGAGAUAAAGAAAAGGCUUUGAGGUUUCUCAAUAAAGCAGAGAAGCUGUACCCCACCAGCAAAGCUAAAGGUAUGAAUGCUAGUAAACCGGCUUGUCUGUUAAGAUAAACUAACGACGAAAUAACAGGGGUGUUCAAUGUUUGCUAGCUAGAAGCCAACGUUUCUUAAUAUCUCACACGGAGACAGGUCACCUUUUGACAAAUAAAUAACGUGAAAAUAUACCAAUCUCAUUUAUUAAGUGAAAACCACUUGUAUGAGUGGAUUGAAACGGUAUAUUCUGUCGUUCACUAAAGGUAGUGUUAGCUUAGCACUGCGUUAGCUAAUGAGCUAGCCUCGCCAUCGCAUCGUUGUAUCGUAUUUGACUUUUUUAUGUAAAAUGAGCGAUUUAACCGUGAGACACAGUUAAUACUUCAAGCUUGUACUUUUGAUCGUUACUUUCAAGGCGAAAGUGUCAUUGUCUCACAAAAGCAAGCAAGUCAAGAAACGUUAAUCCGUAAUAAGUUAUUGGUUGUUAAUGCUAGCUAACUGUAGCUCAUUGUAACGGACUAGCUGACCUUAAAGAGCUUAUUCAUUUGCUUUAAUUUUAUUUUGGUUUUUAAGGUGUUGACAUUGCACCAGGUUAGAAAUGUUGCUGUGGAAAAGGGCACAUAUUUGUAGGGAUUUUGGUUCGGGAAAAACAAGUAAGCAGAGCCCUGAGGUGGAUGUAGGGUUGGUCUGGGCUCGGACUUGAUGCUGAACAGCCACCUGCCAAUCCUUUAAUUGAAUGAUUGACCCAGAGCGAGUCUGGAGACACAGGCUAAUCUGGGACACACAUCUGUCCGUAACAUUAACAGAUGUUAAGAAAGGUUGGGACUAACCUCUCUGUUUCAGAUUAAGUGUCUGUGUAUCUGUUUGAUAUUUGGUAUAUUGAGUGAAUUUUCAGUUUGAAGACAUUGUUUUUCCAGGCUUCUUACAACCUACACCACUGGUCAUUACUCUCGUCUAGGGCUGGGCGAUAAAAUGAUAACGAUAUAUAUUGAAAAAUCAUGUCCCUCAACAUCAAUAUAAAACAUGGUCAACAUGCUUUUUGAGGCACAGUGAUUGAAUGAUUGAAUGAAUGGAUAUAUAGUCACCUGUGUUCUGCGGCGGAUGCAUGGAGAGGGGGUGAGUAGGGAGAGCGUAUUUUUUGUUGACCGCUUGAUUUAACAUCAAACUUAGCCCAUAGAACAUCUUGCCUUGCCCUGUCUGUCUGUUUGUGCGGCGUUGGAAAUAAAUGCGAACUCAGUCGGAAAACACAGAAAUGGCUUGUUGUUUGUGUAGCGAGUCACCAAUGCAAAGCUCCUCUCAGUGACUUUGUUUUUGUUUCUUGUCACUGUAGCUGUUAAACUGUAACUGUUUAGUUAAAAAGUUAUGAUUUCCAGUCUUUGUCUGCAUAAUUAUGCACUGCCACUCGCAGGUGUUGCUGUCCAUGUGUUCCUAAUGCCCUUAUUUUCUUGUAUGAUGAGGAAGCUCCUUGGAACUGUCCUUGUUUGGGAUGGACUAAAGAUAUGAGAAGGGGUGACCGCUAGUAUCUGCCCUACUGUUGUAGAGUGGCAUUAAUUAACUGUCUAUUAUCAGCAGGCUUGUCUGAGAGUUUUCAUAUCUGCUUUGAAUGUGGUAAUGGUUGUUGAAAGAAAUGUCAAGGAUUAAUAGAAAUAUUCAACACAAAAUGGUAGCUAUGUUAAAUAGCCUUUGAGUGCUAAUUGAAAAGGAGGGAUUGAGGUUGUGCAAGAGGUAAUACUUAUGUGCUUAUGUUACAGGAGACCAAACAAUAUAACAAUAAAUUAUGCAUCUAUAGAUAAUAAUGGGCUCUAAAGGGUUUAAAAAUAUUGGUGUUGCUAUACAAGAGAUGAUUGGCCUGCUUUACUGUAGCUGUGCUGUCGUUUGUCUAAGUGAAAUAGCCCUCACACACCUGAUCGCUGCUGUUAAGUCAUUUACUGGGGAUGAACUUUAGAGAGCUGUGCUGUUCUCUUAGAUAUUUACCUCACUCCUUCUUUGAGAGAAGUUGUUGGUGGGAGAACUCUUACGAAGCUGUUUGGAUGUGGUCAAAGAUGCUUAAUUUUACUGUAAGGCUCUCUCAUGCUAAACUUGAAUCUUGUUGGGAAUAAUCCAGAUAUGGAGUUUUCAUCCUUGGAGCAAUAUUACACUGAAUCACCUUUUCUCAACUCUCUGACAUUUGAAGAUGACACUCAUUUUAUUUGAAAGGCCACACAUAUUUUUCCUGUUCAGAAGUUAUAUCUUGAUGUAUGUUAGUAAUGGAAUAAACUCGCAGAAAUUCAUCUUGGGGUUUGGAAUAAUGUACAGUUUGCAAGGUUUUUAUAUAAUAUUGUUCAAGGGUGUGUUAUUGAAUUCAGUUUGUGUGUUGUAGAGUUCAUUGCUGUCCUUUUGAGUCAAAUCUUAUCUCUUAGUGUGCACAAAAGCUUCUUUACUUAGUGGUUGAAGCCUGUAUUUCUUUGUACAUUUUUUUUUCUGGCAGAAGUGUGGCCUUUUGAGUUCUUGACUAAACAUAACAUCUCAUGCUAUUUAAAGAGCUGACUUGGCAUCGGUCCAACUGGACCUUCUUAGGUAAAGAGCUGUAGUACUCUGUUAUGUGUCCUUUACCUAAGUGCUGUCUCUUCGGUUCAGGCUACCUCGAAGAUAAAUUAUUUGUGGCACUUUUUAAAAAAAAUCAUGCAACAUAUGUCAUAAAAUCAAGUAAAUUAUUUCAGAGUUUUAUCAAAUUAUGACCCUAGGUUCUACAGUGUAAAAUUUUUAAAAAGUUUGUGUCAUCUGCAACAUUUAGGUGAUGUUAAAGGAGUCUAAAAAGUCUCACUUGCCAAAUGUCGAAGUGCCUGUGUGUACAAUCACAAGUAACUGACUUGUACCUGAGGUGAUUGUUGAAGCUUGGACAAAUUGCAAUAAUCUAAAAGCAAUCAUGAUCAUUUAUUUCUUAUCUUCUUCUAUCCCUCAGCUUUGUUGGAUGCAAUACAGAAGAAUGGCAGUUCAGCAGGUAAUGGUGCAUAUCGAAGGAGACCAGCAGAAAGCACAGAAAGUGCCGGUGCCCAGCCACAAAGGGAAAGUCAAGAGUCAGGAGGAGGUGACUCUGCUAAAGGCUUCACCAAAGAGCAGGUUGAUGGAGUGCAAAGGUGAGAAAUAAGGAUCCUGUCAUGCCUCACUUCAGUCUCCCGUUUUGUUCCCUUCAACAAAUUGGCCCUGUAGCAUCAGUACUGUCUAUAUCAGACCUAAUUAGACCUUUCAUCUGUGGCUGUAGUGUUGUGCACACACAGCUAUCACCAUGGGAACCCCUUCAGCUUAGCAUCAUGUCCAUAAGGGGAAAAAAGGAAAGACAUUUAGCUACUGGUUGUGCUUUUUUAAAAACCAGAAGUUAAGGAGGAAGAAGGAGGCAGUUAAAGAUAGGCGCUGAAAGAAAUUUAAGUUUAUUUAUUGGAUAAAGCAAUGCUCAGUAUUACGCAAUCACUCAAGUCUAUUGCACCUCACAGUGAGAGAUGUGUUCCCCCGAGUUACUUUACUAAAACCUUUGGGAACCUCCGGUGCAUUUAAAUUAGCAUCAGGUCUUCAGAGUAAACUAGCUGAUACUGUACUGUGUAUACAUUUAAAUACUCUCCCUAUGAUUUACACAGUUUCAUUAUUAUAAGUACAUCAUAGUUAAUCAUCAUAUCUCCAGCGUAAAAGUUUUUCUAGAAUCUUUCCCUCAGGUUUCAGCUUGUAAACAUUUAGUAACACAUUUUUGACUCCCUUCAUCAAAGCAUUUAAGGUGUCUGCACAGGUGAAAGAGUAACAGGUCCUCUAUUGAGCCAAGAUUUGGUAUGUUCUCCUAAAGAAACCUGGCAGUGUGAAAUGGUAUACUAUGUUUACUAAAUGGCCCAACCCUUUUGUUGAUGUAAAGAGCAUUUUGUAACAUUUACAAAAAUACUACAAUUGUAUUUAUUAACAUGACUGUGUAUGAAAACAGACCUGUGCGUAUUGCUUUCUAUACCUGCUGAAAAAGGGGCUAUUAUACGGUUUAAAUCAGCGUCAUAGGAUGGGAACAUGGUUCAUUUUAAAACGCUUAAUAUUCUCUGUCUUGUUUCUGUAAAAUGCAGCACUUCUUCGUAACCUUAUGACUACUAACAUGAAAACGGCAGUGAUUGUCUCACUACUCUGGUAUCUGUCAGUUGAUGGGAUAUGUUGGGCAGCAAGUGAAUAUUUUGUCUAUGAAGGUUGACUAUUCAAAGUAAGAAAAACGUGUUUUUUGACAAGGAUCAUACUGUGAUGGCUAGACAACUUGUUCAGUGUUCCUCCAAAACUGUGUCUCCUAUGGGGUGUUCCUGGUCUCCGGUGGGCAGUACUAGACAUGUGCGUUUAGCUGACUUAACCACUUAAUUGUCGCCACCCAAGCUAGUUGGCGUCAUCUUUAUUUAACAAAUUAUGAGUAUCUUUAUACAGGCCUGAAAUGUCAGUCGCAUGUUUUGUCUUGGCUGUACUGCAGCUGCCAAUCAUUGGCUAGAGCUGAGGCUGGUUAAUGGUUACUCACAUAGUGCUUUAACGCUUGACCAGAUGUAAACAAGCACAGAUUACAGAUGUCGUCUGAUGGUGUGGUUCAGUUUGGCAAUGUUUUGACGUGUAUGGUAGAUUUCAUAGAUGCAAAGGUCCAAAAAUGAACUACUCAACGACAGAAUCAAGCUGGCAGCCUCUCGCAGGAUUUUAUUGCAGUUAAAGCAUCAACCACAGCUCAUGACAAUCAGACGGACCCCAGAAGCCAAAAAAUCCCAAAAUACCCCUAGAACUGUUUUCCCUUUGAUACACUGUUUGGGCGUUCCAAUGACAUCAUUUGUUCUUAUCUUCCCAUAAGUGGUCUUUGCAUUGGUGUCUGAUAGCCAACAAUGUGACUUCUUCUGUAAACAUGUUUUACUCGCUGGCUGGCUCUGCCAAAUUUCCUGUCAAAAUUUGGCAGAGCCAUGUGUGACAAGUUAAGGUCGACAUGACCUCUCCUGCAUCCUGGCUGGCUCGCCACUUAUAUGUUAGAUUUCAUAGACGCAUAGAUAUCCAAGUUGUCAAACAGAGCAAUGUGUAACCAUCACAGGUAGGUCAAUGUAAACCUGACUGAAGGUUGUUGGUGCGUGCUCUGUUAACAUUAAACACACUCAAUAUGACUUCCCUGGUCAUAUUGGAAAAGUUUGUCUCAAAUUAGAUUAUCUCCUUAAUGUUAACUCACUCUUUGGCCAGUUUGUUAGUUAGACUUUAAAUUUUCUCUUAAAUGACUAGGAGAAAAGUGGUGUGUAAACAUCUCUUGUAGAGAUGGAGAUGAACAAUCAAUAGGUUGGCCGAUUGAUGGCAUUUUGAAAUAUCUAGCAUCAUAUCAGCAAUGGCACUUAAAAGGCUGAUAAAGCAACACUCUUUUCUAAAUGAAAACCACUCAAAUUCAGCAUGUUUUUCUGCUGUUUGGUAGUGUUCAUAAAUUGUUGUAUUUUGUCAAAUGCAAAGUUGAAAAUGACUAGGAUUUGGUUUCAGCAUCAUAUAUCGGCCCGAAUUUCUGUUUUUCAGAAUAAAACGAUGUAAAGACUAUUACGAAGUGCUGGGCGUGAAUAAAGAGGUUGGAGAGGAGGAGUUAAAGAAAGCCUACAGGAAACUAGCGCUUAAAUUCCACCCAGACAAAAACCAUGCUCCGGGAGCUACAGAAGCCUUUAAAAGUAAGUCCAAAGUGAUCUUUAAGUGAUUUUUGAGAGCUGUCAGAAACGUAGUUAACUUGAGAAUGACAUAGUAUAUCAAAUGCAAGCUAUGCAUAUCCAAUUGUUUAGAUGUUGAUCUUUGUCCUUUAUUUGCCCCUGUUUGACUAAUGAUUUGUGUUCUCUUUCAGAGAUUGGUAAUGCUUAUGCAGUGCUGAGUAACCCAGACAAAAGACGACAGUAUGAUUUGACGGGAGGUGAUGAACCGAGCAGCCCAGGUUACUCACAUGGAGGAGGCUUUGACUUCCACAGGGGCUUUGAGGCUGAUAUCACUCCUGAAGAUCUCUUCAACAUGUUCUUUGGAGGUGGAUUCCCCUCCUGUAAGUGAGCUUUUUCAUAAUCACCCGUCUAAAUCAGAUUCUGUGUUCUUGAAAGUUGACUUUUUUUACAGUUCUGGGAUUUCAUGUUUUUUUCUUUUUUUUUUCUUUGGGAGACAGUGAUCUAGUCUUUUCAAUUUAGAUGGUGUGAUUAGGUAUUUGAUGAUGACUGAGGAAUGCAUCAUAGCUUGUUUCUUUUUACACCUAAAUUUUAUGAAAUGCUUCUGUGGUAUGAGUCAUCCUGGAAAAAAAUGCUCAUUACAUUUGCAAAAAAGUACUCCUAACUAUGCAACAGUUUUUAGUAGGUUAUGACUAGUUAUGUGACUUGUGAUAUCUUUUCUGACAAAGUCUGAUUUUCUACCAAACGCAGAAACAGAUUAACAUGAUUUUCUUAAAAAAACAUUGAUUAUUAAUUUUGUAUCUCUCCCUUGCUCUGAUAUCUUGAUUUGCAGCGAGUACACACACUUUCACAAAUGGCAGAACGAGUUACAGCCAUCAGGCAGAUCACCGACAAGAGAGGACAGAAGAUAGAGGAGAUGUACGUAGAUUGGCUCCAAUUCAUCUUUUGCACAUCAACAUUUUUUAUAUCAACUUCAUGUACAUGUAUGGGAAUUAACAUGCUUUUACUGCACACAAUCACAGAUAUGUAUUGUCUUCUCAUCAUACUGUUUGCCUCUAGGGUGGUUUCUCAAUGUUCAUCCAGCUGAUGCCCAUUGUAGUCUUGAUUGUCGUGUCUAUACUGAGCCAGAUGAUGGUGUCUCCUCCUCCCUACAGUCUUUAUUCCCGACCGUACGUACCAAGUAUUGAUUCAACUUUCUGCUUUUUUGUGAAUGUUGGCACAAACUGCUCAUCCUUAUUUUCUCAUUCACUCUUGUAUUUGCUGACAAGUUCCCUGUGUUUUUCCAGUUAAUUUAAAUGUAAUCUACUAUUUAAGAUAUAUAAAGUUAUUGUUGUAAGAACUACCACGGUAUUUUAAAACAGCACAUGCCACUUCCGUGUAUUUCAGAUCCACAGGUCAGACAGUAAAACGGCAGACAGAAAACUUGCGUGUCGACUACUAUGUCACGAGAGAUUUCAAGUCUGAGUUUAAGGGCGCAGCACUGCAGCAGAUUGAAAAAAAUGUGGAGGAGGACUAUGUAUCUAAUGUCAGAAAUAACUGUUGGAAGGAGAGACAGACAAGUGAGUACCUGGCCUGUUAAUACAAACUCAGAGCUGACUUUCUGAGUACAACAACUAUUUCUGCUGUUUUUUUCACCCCUGGACUCUUUCUGUAACACUCACAGUAUGUUUCUGCUUCUCUCACCCAGAAACAGACCUACUGUAUGCUGCUAAAGUUUACAGAGAUGACCGAAUGCGCAAGAAGGCAGAACUCAUGACCAUGGACAACUGCAAGGAGCUGGACAGACUAAAUAACCUUUUCAGGGGUGGAUAA